AAAAAAAAAAAAUCUCAUAUACACCAAAACUUCUGGAUCAAGUAGCGGGAUUCGCUUCUAGAAACUCCACGUUAUGCUUCUUCUUCCAUCAUCUCUCUUCUUCUUUAACACAAAUGAGUCACAACAUUAAAAAAAAAAAAAAACACUUCCAGUCAAUUAUUUACUGAAAUUGCCAUUUCCAUGUGCCCCCAACCACUUCCUCCUAUAUAUACGGCUAAUUUACACAAUUUACAAAAAAAAAAAAAAAAAAAAAAACAAAACUCCAUUAAAGCAAACUCAAAAACCUCUCUCUCUUUCCUCUUCUUUCUCACGCUCUUUUCAUUUGUCAACUGUACAAUCCGAUUCCAAUGGAGACAUACGAUGAUUCUAGUCCUUACACGGCGUCGUUUUCACCUAGCUUCAGUACUUAUUCCGGCGAUCGACUCGCGGAGAUCGCCGAACGAGUUUGUUACAGAGAGAAAUCAGACGAAGAAUUCGAGUUUUCCAUGGCGGCGGGGACGUCUUCUCCCGACGGCGGAGGACUCGUUUUCCCUGUUUUCAACCAGAAUCUAAUCUCCGGCGAAACAUCCCCGGAGGAGAAAGCGGCCGUUAUAGUUCCGUUGAAGGAUCUCUUCCUCCGUGAACGCAGCAACGAGCAACCACCGCAGCAAGAAACGUAUUCAUCCUCUUCCUCCGACGUCGAAGAAGAUGAAGACGAGUUCGACGAGAUCCCAAGAGAGAUCUAUUGUCCGUGGACACCAGCGAGAUCCACCGCGGAGAUGUCACCAAGCGGAGGAUGCAGAAAAAGCAAAUCUACAGGCUCUUCUUCUACAUCGUCAUGGUCAACGAAACGGUGGCGUUUGAGAGACCUUCUCAAGAGAAGUAAAAGCGAUGGUAAACAGUCGCUUAAAUUCUUGAAUCCAGUAGAGGACGAAUCUACGAAGAGGAAGAAGGAGAAGGUAGUUACGGUAUCAUCAGCACAUGAGAAGUUUUAUCUGAGGAAUAAAGCGAUGAAAGAAGAAGACAAGAGAAAAUCAUAUUUGCCGUACAAGCAAGAUCUUGUUGGACUUUUCUCUAACAUUAAUCAUCGUUACGGCAAAGCUUUCCCACCGUUCUGAUCUUUUUUUACUUUUGGAUCUUUCCGGAGAUCAAACUAGUGUUUUUUUUUUUUUUUUGUCUUUUACA